CACCACGACCGCCGCAUGUCCAGUGAGCAGCGCACCCAUCGCACAUCAGUCUGCGCCCCGUGGGCUCCACGCAACAAGCAGGAUCGGUGCAGCAGCCGUCUCGCGGGGAACGAACGAGAGAGAGAAAGAGGCAGAGAGAUGCAAGAUUAGCGUGACGAACAGAGCCACGUUGGGAUUGUAUUGAAAUUGUCUCGCUCUUCGUGACCGGUUUGUUCAUCCAUUCUCAUAGAUGUUGUUGCAUUCGUCCUGGUCCUGAUGAGCGGCGAGUGCUUUCCAAAGCGACGCUGACGACGGCAAGGGCCUCGACGCGCGGAGGAAGAGAUUUCUGGGACAUCUGAAGAGAUAUCUGCGACAUCUGAAGAGAUUUCUGGGACAUCUGAAGAGAUAUCUGCGACAUCUGAACCUCGUGAACCCUGGGGAGAGCGCUGCGCGUCUCGCGCACAGAGGAGCAUUGUGGAGUAGAACCGUGCCGUCUCAGCUCGGCGGGUUGAGCGCGUACGAGGGCUCUCUCUCUCUCCAUCUCUCUCCUCAAGUCAUUAACGCCGAGCGGAACUGAGAGCCAUUGACUGCUGAUAUUCAGUUUCAUCGACAGCAUCAUCAUCGCCAUCCGUAACUUGUCAAGGCCGUCAGCACGUACCGUCGGAUCCAGUCCAACUCCGUCGUCACCGUGUCGUUGUUGAUAUCCCAAAUGCAGCUCGCGUGAAACUGAAAGCGCUUUCAGAUUUGUUUUCAUUUCGUGUUGGUUUUAGUUUUGUUCUACAAUUUGUCUACAUUAAAAUCAUUCUCCUGGGAGCGACCAGCACGUUGUUGAGAAGCCAUGUCAGGAGUCACACGCGUGGAGCUCACGAGGACACGUUGAGCGCAGCCUGAACCUCCACCGUCAAAUUAACCAUCAUCGCCAUCAUAGCCAUUACAAUCAUAAUCACGGCACCACCACCAUCAUCAUCAUCCCACCACGAUCAUCUGCGGAGUCGGCAGAGUUGCAGUCCCCAUCGCCGCUGGAGCGCUCUGAAGAGCGAGAGAGGGCUGCGUGGUGUUGGUCGUGAUGGCGAUGUGGUCGCGACUCGAGCUGCUACUGCCCCUGGUAAUGUUGGUGGCGCUGCUACUGCUGGGAGAGACGACGCUGGUGGUGGUGGAGGCGAGGCGUGGCGGUGGUGGUGGCGGUGGAGGCGCGGGGGGACGGAGGAACGGGGGGUUAAGGCCUGCAGCAGCAUCAGCAGCAGCAGGAGGAGGAGGCGAUAGAGGCUUCAGGACCUCCGAGGAUGUGAACCAGCAGCACACCGAGGCCCUGAACGUGACGGGACCCAACAGCGAGGAGGUGUCGGACUCGCGAGAGAACGUGCGAAUCGAUCCGCACGGGACGUGGAUCUCGUUCAUCCAGCACUCGCACGAGGGCGCCAACAAGGAGCGCAAGAAAGAUGACAAGAGGCGCAGUCGCCUGCUGCCGGGGCCCCCCGGCCCCCCUGGACCUCCGGGCCCCCCAGGACCUCCUGGCCCCCCAGGAGCCAGAAUCACAAAGGACGCUCUGAUAAAGGAGUUCAAGGAUAUGGUGAAAGCAGACGCAGCGGAGCGCCGUGCGGCGGCGCUGCUCCUGCAGCCGCGGGCCGCCCUCCCCGGGGAGCAGCGAGGACCCGAGCAGUGGCGGCUGGCCCCGGCCACGCAGGCGGCCGUGCUGCUGCCCGAUCUCCCGCGGGCGCUCGAGGAGGCGUUCCACUGCAAGCUGGGGAGCAACGCCACGGUGGAGCGACGCUCCUCCGCCGAGCUCAGGGGCUUCCUCGCGCUGCCCUCGGCGGGAGGGUUCGUGCGAGGUAGAGGCAUGGACGUGGACUCGGGCCACUACACGGCGCAAAUCUCGGGCAUCUACCAGUUCUCAGCCAACAUCCACAUCGACGGCUCGGAUGUGCGGAGGAAGGAUCACCUGCGAGGCCGAGACUGCGUGCGCGUCCACAUCUGCAUCGACUCGCAGUGCAGCCGGCACGCGCCCCUGGAGACGGCAUCAGGCCUCGAGAGCAACAGCCGCGUCUUCACGCUGCACCUGCAGGGGCUGCUCCAGCUACAGGUCGGGCAGCACACGUCCGUGAGCGUGGAGAACAGUGCUGGUGCCGCCAUCGUCGUGCAGAAGGGCUCCGACUUCAUGGGCGUCCUCGUCGGGGUAUAGCGUCGGCCCGCGCGCCACGCGAGGCCCUGGCACGCGCUCUCGCUCGAGGUGACGCUUCCGCUGUUCGGGAACAAACAAACAAAUCGGAGAAUGACGAGCACGUCCCAACGAUCGGAACCACCCCGUGCGCUACGACUUCAAAACGUUCCGCGCGCGCGAGUCGUGUCGACGUUGUCUUGAUAACGCAACGUUACGCGAACUCCGCGUGCUUCAUUAAGCAAAAUCAUCCCAAGUGUUUCUGUCGCCAACACCGCCGGGGUUCGGUGUGCGGAUUCCCGAGUCCGGACGGCACGGCGCUUGGAUUAGAGAUGUCUUCUGUCCCUCGGUGGCCAAUACUUGGCUAUCCGUGGGCAAGGACAAAGUUGGACGAAGAGUGAUGCAAAUGGUCACAGGUGUUCCAGUGAACCGGACGUUGUUGGAGCAAGCAACCGUCGUGUAAACGGGAAAUAAAAAGAGUCAAAGGAACCUACGGCUGUUGCUGCACGACAAAAAAAAAGUUAUAAAGUUAAUCGAAUAAAAACUGUGAAAACACGACGAUUCACCACCACGUGGGACUACUGGACGCAAGUGAACAAACGGAGGGUGAGUGAAGGCCCCAGCGACUUGGGUAACUGUUUCGGCAGACGAGAUGGCCUGUUUGGCUUGGUGGAAUUUUUAGUGUGAUUGACUAUGCCUGCUUAUGAGAAAGGUCCAAUAAGUUGAGCCCACAAGAAACCCUGACUGAUGGAUGAUGGACAAAGAAGUCCUGUGCUACGAGGCCCACGGGAAGGCCCGAGCUGCAGGAAGCCCAAAGUGAUCAAGACCCACAGGGAGGACUGUACUUCGAGACCAAUGGGAAGAUCUCGGUGACUUUGCCAACGUGAAAAUCGCAAGCGAUUUUGAAGCGACAGGAAGCGCUGUGGGACUGGCAUCGCCUGCGAAAGUCGUCUCUGUGCUGCGACUCGGCCGACUACAUGAGGCCCAAACCUGGCUGACACAACGAAGGUGUCGGUGCCUCUGUGCGGAGUGCACGCAGCUCACUGAGCAACGUUCAAAAUGCACGUUUACGAGCAUUUACCCGAACGUUGAAACCGAAAUCACACUUUGAUACGUAAACGGCGAAAAGAGAACAAAUGUGACACGUAUAUGUAUCAUGUCUGUACAAUCACGUUAUGGAAUAGCCUGAACCGUACCCAUUGUCUGUAUUAAUAGUAAAAUGAUAAUCGCUGUAAACCUGUAUCACACAAGGCCAUCGUAUAACUGGAAACAUUGCCACAAAUGUUUUUUUUUUAAGUAGAAAAAAUAUUUUUUAUUAUCUAUAAUAUUUUUUCCGUAUAUGCUAACGAAAAUAAGACUACAAAACGUACGCUGGAACAAAAGUAUAUUAUUAUUAUUAUGACGACGAUCGACAGGUUUUUAUAAUUUAAUACCUUUUAUGACUUUUAUGAGAUACGUGUCUGGGACAUUACCAUGUUUUUUUAAGUUAAAAUUAUUAAUAAAAUGUAUUAAUAACAUUACAAGGCAGUUGUUAGUCGAAAAAUAUAUAACAUUAUUUCUCACUCUCCGAUGUUUAUUCGCCCUGUAACCUUUUAAACAUUUAAUUUGUACUGAAUAAAUAAACACAGUGUAAUUGCUA